UCUCGUUUGGUUCACAAUGCGAAGUGGGAUCUUUAUAGCCUUUGUUAAUAUUCUACUGGUGGAGAGCGGAAUAAUAUUAGCCAGGUACGUCACAGAAGAACCUAUGAUUGAUCAAGAACUACUUUCGAUCCCGGUUGAUGGUUAUAAUGAGAAUUCACAAGAUAAAUUACCGGCAUUCAAACAGUACGAUGAUCAAGACAGACACUUCGAGCCAGAAACAGAGAAAAAGGCUGAAGAAAAAGUCAAAAAGCCAUGCUCCAUCGUCGUUCUAUCCAAUAUACACAAUCCGAACGUGCAGUCAUUAUUGAGAAAGUAUAGAUAUGAUGCCAAUGGUAUUCUGAUACCGGGCAGCGUGAAAUACUUUAUCAAGAUGCCACAAGGGCUAAAGGCCUCGCCGCUGCUGGUGCCAUUGAAUGAUAAAGCCUUUUCUCCACUCGGAGGUUUCGUAAGGUAUUAUAAGGAAGUGCCACCCAUACCACAAGCUUGGUGAAGCCAUCACCGACAUCGUAUUUAUAACAAUUUUAAAGUAAAAUUGCGCAUAAAUGCAAUUUAGGUAUAUUAUCGUGUGUUAUCA